UGUACCCCAAGAGCAGUUCUGGGAUUUUCGCACGCUAUUGCACUCGCCGCCUCGUAGGGGAGGGGGACUUUGGCUCAAAUUCUUGAUGGGAUUACUGGGUGCUGUAUGACGCAUCAAACGGGUUAUCAUAGGCAUGUAUUCGUAGGCAGACACGAAGAUACCUCAUGUAUGUAGAUUGCAAUUGGUAUCCGUUCAUUCAGUGCUUGCUUGGUACGUACCUCUCGCUGUGCGCUCUCUCGGAAGGUAAAACCAACUGUGACCAAGCCAGCCAGCCAGCCAGCCAACCACAGCGCGCUAGCGCCUCGUUGCCCCCCUCUUUUUUCUUGCCUGGGGAAGGCGGCCAUCAACAGUGACCCUCGGGUACGGUGAGCUGUGAGUGUGUCCGCAGGUACCUUUUACCGCAUCCACCCUCGCGACUUCUCCAAACUCGACUCCACUUCCUCGCCCUCGUCCUUGCUCAUGGACGGAUCCCCGACACCGACUACUUGCCCAAACCCAGUCCAUCCUAGCCAGGGCCAGGGCCGAUGAGCAACAACUUAAGUGAGCCGUGAUGAGGCAGUCGCGAGUGACGCUACCACUUUCUGCCUGCCACUCAGUGCCGCCUGUCCGCCUUCCUCUCCUUUGCCAUCAUCCAUCACUCUGCUCUGCCGUCCCAAGUGCUGCUUCUGCCUCAGUUCCCUUUGGCUCUUGGUAAUCGCCCCUCCCCUUCCUGGCCACCGACGGUUUCGGCCUCCUUGUCCUCUGCCUGCUUCUCGUACAUAAGUGGCCCUUGUUCCCCCCCUUGUACUCACCGUCCCAGUGUCCCUCCCAAAGUCACCUGCAGCCUGCAGAAAAGUUAUUUGUCCCCCAAGUAGCUCUCAAAUCCCGUCUCACACACAGGUCGACCUCGACCAUAGAGACGACGCAAGACGCAUCAUCCGCCCAGGCCUCGCUCCCUCGCCCUUCUCCACCUCCACCACCUCCACCCGCCCACUCCCACGCCCUGCUUCCGGUGGUGCCUCCUUCCUCAACUGCUUACCUCUCUACUCCACCCGACCGACGGCUGACCCCCAUCGUCUCUGGGACUCACUUAUCUCUCCCACACCCCAGCCGCUUGGGUUGAUUGCUUUCUUUGUCAACACUCCCCUUUCAUCGACCUCAAUCGUCGACAGUUUCGAUAUCCCUCGCCUGUCAUCCAUUCCAUCGAUACUCUGUCAGAAAGGACGACGCAGCUUCUCCAUCGACCAACCGAGCCUCGUGCCCCGUGCGUGGCCGCCCAGCAGUGAAACACCCGCCAGAGCCGUCAUACCCUCCCCGCCCGGCCGGCCGCGAUAACCCCCUUCAUCCAUAAUCUUCGCCUGCUAUCCAUCCCUCAUCAUGGCGACCUCAUCAGCAACAUCGCCAGACACGCAGGUCACCUUGAAGAUCAACUUCGACGGCAUGACUCGUCGUCACAAGCUUCCGUUGCGUGACAUGGGGCCCAGCACCCUUGAGGAUAGGGUCCGCUCUCUCCUUGCUCUCUCUUCCGACGCCAACGUCGUACUUGAGAGAUAUUCUGACUCGGCUGGUUCGUACAUCACCCUCGACAAGCAAAACGUAUCAGUCUACAAGCAACUUUACCGAGCCGCCAAGGCAAAGCAAAAGCUCAAGCUACGCGUCUCCAAGCUGUCCGAGGAGAAAAUGGCUCCAAGGCCUGUGUCCGUGGAGGAUGUUCCAGAGUCCAGCAUCCCCAAGAUCGAGGAGGAACAGAAGCCCGAAGUCGCUAUGGCACAGCCCCUGGUCGACCUGAGGCAAUCUAGCGAUCUCGACUUAGAGCCCAAGAAGGAACUGCCGACCACCGACACUGGCCUUGACUUUGAGGCUUCCAUCCUCGCCUCUCUCAUGAGCAGACAUGCCAGAAUCAACGAGGAAGAGACGCCGGCAGCCUCGGCCGAUAUCCCCGUUUCUGAGGGCGUCACGGCUCGUAACCAGUGGUUUGCCAACGUCGCCGCUGCUGAGAGCGCACCCCAACGCGCUUCUUGGGGUCGCUGCCCCGCUUUGAUGCACCCCAACACCAACUUCGCCGUGUGCUGCAACAGCUGCGACCAGACAGUUCCCGAUGCUCACUACCACUGCUCUACCUGCGAUGAUGGUGAUUUCGACCUGUGCCAAAAUUGCGUCGACCAAGGCAUCACCUGCUACGGCGCCGACCAUUGGCUCAUCAAGAGAGUUGUCAAGAACGGUCAAAUCAUGAACAGCACCACGGAGACCAUUGCCCCCAAGCCCAAGGCUAAGGUCGAGGAGCCUGCACAACUGCCUGCCAAGGUGCCCGCCAACAUCAGUGAACUCCUCCGUCCCGUGUUCAACAGCGCGAUGUAUAGCAUGCGCACUUGCAACUGCUGUGUGACGGAGCUGCCCGAGUCUAGCUUCCUUCACUGCACAGCUUGCGAGGACUUCGAUUUGUGCCACGCAUGCUUCGAAAAGGACCUUCAUGGCCACAACCCCAAACACCCCUUCGUCACCGCCGUUGAGGGGACUCAUGUCCCCAGCCAUAUUCAGGUUAAGUUGGCCCCCGGCCGUAACCAGAGCCACAACGCCAUUUGCGACGGCUGCGACAAGUACAUCACUGGUGUCCGCCACAAGUGCCUCGACUGCCCUGACUGGGACUACUGCGCGGACUGCAUCGUGAACUCCAAGUUCGUUCACCCUAAUCAUCGCUUCGUUCCCAUUUACGAGCCUCUCGAGGAGGUCCGCAGCCGCGCCCUGGCCCGUUCUACCCACUUUGGCAUUUGCUGCGACGGCCCUCUGUGCGCCCGCGCUCACAGUGCACCGACCUACAUUGCCGGUGUCCGAUACAAGUGCACUGUGUGCCACGACACCGACUUUUGCGCUAACUGCGAGGCUAGUCCUGCUAACACUCACAACAAGACGCAUCCUCUUGUCAAAUUCAAGACGCCAGUCCGUCACGUCACUGUUACCACCACUGGCGAGCGGGGAGACGGCCAGCGUAUGCAGCAGAUGGGUGACCGCAACGUUCGUCGCACUAGCUCCCGCUCCACAGAGACUACUGCGAACGCUUCUAUCAACGUUCCUCAGACUGUCGUCGAUGUGAAGCCCACAGAGCCGGCAGUCAAGCAGGAGGCAGUUGAGGAGAUUUCCGAGCCCGCUUCCAAGCCCAUCAUCAAGGAGGAGGUUGUCGACAAGACACCUGAGCCCGAGCUUGAGGUCAAGAAAGAGAUCAUUGAAGAGAAGCCUGCUCCCAUUGUCGAAAAGGCUCUUACCGAGCAAGAUCUUCAGGCUGUAUUUGUCCGUGACACGGUCGCCGAUGGCACCGGCCUCCCACCCAACCACGUGUUUGAGCAAACCUGGGUUCUCCGCAACGAUGGCGACGUUGCGUGGCCCGCCGGAUGUUCUGUUAAGUUCGUCGGGGGCGACUACAUGGGCCACGUCGAUUCGAACCACCCUGCCGGCAUCUCCGAGCUCGUCUCUGCUUCCGAGUCCACCGUCUGCUAUGCGCCUCUCGCUCCUGGUCAGGAGUUCGCCUUCAAUGUUUUGCUGCGCACGCCUGCCCGUGAGGGUAAGAUCAUCUCCUACUGGCGCCUGACGACCAAGGAUGGUCUCAAGUUUGGUCACAGGCUGUGGUGUGAUGUCAGCGUGCAGAUCCCCAAGCCUAUCGCUGAGGAGCCUAAGGAGGAGAUUGAGGAGCCUAAGGAAUCUCAUGUGGAGAUGCAGAGCAGCAACAUGAUCUUCCCUAAGCUUGAGAAGGAAUCGCCGGUGUCCAGCAUCUACCAGGAGGUCAAGUCUGAGUUCGUCCCCACCACGAGCUCCGAGGCGGAAGAGUUUGAGGAUUGUGGGGAGGAAGACGAGUGGGAUGCCUCUGAUGAUGGCUUCAUGACUGACGAGGAGUACGACAUCCUCGACGCCUCGGACGAGGAGUUCCUUGAGGAGCAGCAGCGCAGGCUGAGGAAGUGAACUGUCUGCGGUAUUAUUGAGUUUCGUUUUGCCACUGGAUACGAUGGAGUGAUCGGUGGUCUCCUUGGGGUUCCGGCUUUUCCUUGCAUGUCUCAUUUCAUCAGGGCCUGGGGUGUUUUAUUUUCAAUUUUUUUUUUGGAACCUGUGCAAAGACAGUGAUGCGGUAGUUGGUGGUGGCACGUGCCGAACAGCUAACUGCCGGCGGAAAGUGUGAAAGGGGCCGGUCGCUCAUUUUCCAGGCUAGGUUCAAGCGACGCUCGUUUCACAACAUUCAUGACAGAUUACAGAUUGGUACUUGUAGGUUCUAGGCAGCAAUCCACCGUAGCUCUUUCAAACCUCGA